GGGUGACGUCAAGUUCUCUUGCCUAUAUCCUGUGUGUGUAUAAAGGCAUAAGCUUCCCUCUAAAAAGAGUGCUUUAUUCUACAUCACAGCACACAAAGUACUAGCAAACAAAAGAACUCCUUUUUCAACAUGGCCAAGAACACAAUGAAAUACACCAACCUUGGUGAAUCUGGUCUCAAGGUCUCCCGUAUCUGCGUAGGUUGCAUGACCUAUGGCGACCGUCGCGGAAGCUUCAAAACGUGGGCGGUCGAGGAAGCCGAGGCUCUCCCUAUCCUCAAAGCCUGCUAUGAUUCCGGUAUCAACUUUUUCGAUACUGCAAACGUCUACAGCAACGGCACAUCCGAAGAGAUCCUCGGUGCCGCCAUCAAAAAGUAUGCGUUGCCUCGUGAGAACAUCGUUGUUGCCACAAAACUGUUUGCACCGGUUGGUAAGAGAAAGGAAGAGGGAUGGGAGAAUGCACUUCAGAUGACGCCUGAUGAUAGAGAUGCAAACGGAUACGUUAAUGCGUAUGGAUUGAGUCGCAAACAUAUCUUCGAUAGUGUGGAUGCGAGUUUGAAACGCUUGGAUCUGGAGUACAUUGAUCUACUACAAAUCCAUCGAUUUGACCCACGCACGCCAAUAAAGGAGACGAUGAAGGCCCUGCAUGAUGUGGUUGAAAGUGGCAAGGUUAGAUACAUUGGUGCGUCUAGUAUGUAUGCGCAUCAGUUGUUGGAAAUGCAAUAUACUGCGCGAUUAAAUGGAUGGACGGAAUUUAUCAGUAUGCAGAAUUUGCAUAAUGCGGCUUAUAGGGAGGAAGAGAGAGAAAUGGUGCCAAGUUUGAAGAAAUUCGGUAUGGGUAUGAUUCCUUGGAGUCCAAUCAUGAUGGGGCAUCUAGCCAGGCCUCAUGACCAGGCUGCAGAAAGUGACAGAGGAAAAGCUAUGAAUGGAAAGUUCAUGGGGAAUGACUUAACGGAGGCGGACUUAAAGAUUAAUGAGAAGAUUCAAGAGAUAGCGAAGAAGAGAGGUGUCAGUAUGGCGAUUGUGGCGAUGGCUUGGAGCUUGAGCAAGGAGUAUGUUACCGCGCCUAUCGUUGGAAUGGGAAAGAUUGAGAGAGUUCAAGAGGCAGUCGAUGCUGUUAAUUUUGAGUUAACCAAGGAAGAAGAAACAAGCAUUGAUGAAUUAUAUCAACCUAGGAAAAUCGUAGGAUUCUCUUAGGAAUACGAUUGAAUACAGAAGUGAGCGUUACACUGGAUGAAGGAGGGUUCAGAAGUGGCAGUUAUACUCAAAUCAAAUCAAUACACAAAUUCAGCUUGGGUUUUUUUGGGGAGGGGAGGAGGGGGCGUCAAAUCAUUAGUGUCAUGUAUAUAGGAUGCAACAAGUACGUUAUCAAAAUUGCGAUUCAGUGGAAUACAGCGUUUAACAUGCCUCAAACUUUCAUUACACUAAACUUGCAAUGCACCAGAAUAAUGCGACA